GUCGGCUUCUCGGCAAGUAACCCGAUUUUGACCAAAUUUAUUAAAAAGGAGCGCGGCGAUUCUACGGCAGCUUCCCACGUAGCUUUCUCCCCGAUGGCUUCGAUGGUGGCGUGUUAUAAUACAUUACUUCCUCUAUCGCUCUACCGUCGGUAAACCGCGUAUCAUCACCAACGCCUGUACAUCUCGACACUUUUCUCUGCCAAGAUGACGUCUUUUCAAACCGCCUUGGACAAUGGGCCAAGGCUCUGUUCAAUUGCCGAUGAGAAUUCUUUUGGCCCAUUUGUAGCCAAAUCUUGCCGAGGAGGUCUCGACUUGACGCUCUUCUUCGAGGAAACCAUUUUGACGAUAGGACCGCUCUUCUUCACUUGUACGCUUGUUUUCUAUGAAUAACCAGCUGUAAAUUGUGCAUUGAUUGACUAAUUUGGCGCGUAUAGUACUCUGGCUGCUUCCUCGACUUCAGAGCUUGCGGAAACGUAGCCCACGAGCACGUAAAUCAUGGCUCUUCUGGGCCAAAAUGGUAGUUCAAUGUCUGUGUCACCAUUAUCAAGAAAGUUGCUAAUCUUAUGUUUUGUAAAACAGCUGACACAUGUAGCCUAUAUCUCUAUACAAAGUGUUCUGUUGGCCUUGUGGUCCAAUCCAAAGAAUCUUGGAACAGCUGCAACUCCAUAUGCGACUUCUAUCACAAUAGUCAGCUACAGUAUCAUCUUGUACGCCUCUUGUAUCGAACAUGUAUUCUCUAUACGGCCAUCAAGCAUCAUCACUCUUUAUCUUGGUCCGUCGUUUCUGCUCGACUUACUGCGAAUGCGAACAUUGUUUGGCACGGAAGGACAGCAGAUCACCUCGAAACUCUAUGCGUACGCAGUUCUUGUCAAGUUCAUUGCAACCUGUUUAGAGGCUUUGCCAAAACGCAACAUUCUCUUUUGGCAAUGGAAGGACGAAUCGCCAAUUACAACUACUGGGUUGUUCGGCCUUGCGCUGUAUACCUGGGUCAACCCGUUGCUGUGGAGUGGCUACAAGACCAAGACGACUCUCUACUCCCUACCAACGCUGCCUAAAAAGAUCCAACAAGCUGCCCGACCAGUGUCAUUAAUGGAAAAAUGGGAAAGCACCGCCUACAAGGAGAAGAAGAACGCCCUGAUGUGGAUAUUUGUUAGCCACUUCAAAUGGGAUAUUCUCAUCACUGUUCUACCAAGAACUCUGCACUAUGCCUGCGCCAUAUUUGAGCCUUUCCUCCUGGAACAGGUGCUGGUUCUUGCUGCCGAACCAGACAGCAGACUGAAAAGACAGCAGACGUCUCUUCUGACUGUCGUAUAUGGAUUAACACAUCUAGCUCGCGCUAUUGGCUGGACGCUUAACUGCCACUUUGGAAACUCUUUCCGAACCAAGCUUCGAGGUAGUCUGGCUGCUAUCAUUUAUUCCAAACUCACAACGCUCCGAGCAUCCGAGACCGAAAAGGGCGAUGCAAUUACGUUAAUGAGCUCUGACAUUGACCGAAUUGAACAAAAUGCAAAUGCCGUGCAUCGAACGUACAUUAGCAUAUUUGUGCUUGUUUCUGCAAUCUGGAUGCUCUUUCGACUGGUGGGCUUGUCUGUUGUGGCUCCUGCCAUCUUUACAAUUGUCUGUAUCCUCAUUGGAAUGCCGAUUUCUUCUGCAGUCGGCCGAUCUCAUGGCCCUUGGCUCGAGGCCAUCGAAGAGCGCAUGGAUGUCACGUCGAAGAUGAUUGGCGGCUUAAAGGCAAUGAAGAUGACCGGAUUAACUGGCAGACUGACUUCUGAUAUACACGACCUGCGAACACAAGAUAUCAAGGCUGCAUCUUGGCAUCGCCUCAUCAAGGUUGUUGACAUGGGUCUCUACUACAUCUCGACCAAUCUGUUGUCAGUAAUGGGCCUGGGAACCUAUGCUAUUCUUGCGUGGAUGCACGGCACAGCCCCAUUGACUGAGGGUGUUGCGUUCUCAGCUCUUGCGUUGUUCCAACUCUUAAGAGAGCCGUUAGGACAAUUGGUGACGAUCUUUGAGUUUUACGAAACCCUGUCCACUUCAUUCGGCCGUCUUCAAGACUUUCUUCUUUCUGAAGACAGGCAUGAUCUCCGACUACAACAGGCAGAGGACACUAGUAACUCAGUUCUCUCUGUGGUCAACGGUGGGGUCAGCUAUGGCGAUACCAAGGUGGCAUUGCAAAACAUCAACCUUGAUGUUGAACGUGGGCUAAUAACCAUGAUUGUUGGUCCUGUUGGCUGUGGCAAAACAACACUUCUCAAGCUGCUCCUCGGAGAAAUCCCCGAGUACACUGGAACUGUCCAGACUAGUCACCGAGAAUCUGCCUAUUGUGCUCAGUCCCCUUGGGUGACCUGGGGAACCAUCAGAAGCAAUAUCGUGGGUCCCGGCAUGUUUGAUCAAACUUGGUAUAAUACUGUUGUAAACUCAUGUGCUUUGCCACCAGAUCUAGAUGCCUUGCCAAAAGGGGACAUGACAGCGACGGGAUCUCGCGGAUCUAGACUCAGUGGUGGACAGCAGGCAAGAAUUGCAUUGGCGCGAGCCUUGUAUUCCAAGAACCCGCUUAUGAUAUUUGACGACGUCUUGACUGGUCUAGAUCGCAUCACUGAGCGAGCUGUUCUCGACGACGUCUUCGGCUCAGAUGGUGUAUUAAAGCAGCUUGAAUGCUCUGUUGUUCUGGCCACAAAUACGACAAAGCAUCUGCACUAUGCGGAUCGAAUUGUUGUUCUUGGACCGGACGGCAGCAUCAUUGAGCAGGGCGAUGCCAAAUAUAUUCUUGAAUCAAGCGAUUACGUGAAACGACUCGCUGGACAAGCUCCAAAGGAAGUGCCCACCGAAGUUGUUGAAGCCAGUAACCCGUUGGAAGAGUUUGGCAUUACCGAUGACGAUCUGAAUGAGAUUGAUAGCCACAGUCCGGCGGGCGACCUUGACGUAUAUUGGUUCUACAUCAACAUCAUCGGCAAACGUUUAUUUUUCAUCUACGCCUUUCUCUGUGCUACUGCUGUUGCGGGCUACAUGCUCCCAUCGCUGUGGCUGCAAGCCUGGACUAAAGCAAAUGCUACUCAUCCGAAUGAAAAUCUCGUCUAUUGGCUUGGAAUCUAUGUACUUAUUGUACUUGCUUGCAUUUUGGGCGGUAUCGUAUCGGAUUACGCACUGGAGCUGGGAAUCAUUCCAAAGGCUUCACGAAGGAUACACGAUAUGAUGCUAGCGACAGCAACAAAGGCAAAAAUAUCGUGGAUCACAUCCAUGUCAGCGGGCCACUUGACAAGCAGAUUCGGUCAGGACUUGGACCUGAUUGACGAUGACUGGCCAAAUGCCAUUGAAGCCGUUCUUGUCGAGUUGGUUUGUACCAUCAUCGCCGCCAUUAUGAUAUGCCUCGGAUCCUUCUACAUGGCAUUUGCUGUCCCCCUCUGCAUUAUUAUCUUGUAUCCUCUUCAAGCUUACUAUCUGAAAACGUCGCGUGAGAUUCGUCUUCUUGGACUCGAAACAAAGGCGCCGCUCUUUUCACUGUUUCUUGAAACUGGUGUCGGCAUCAGCUCCAUUCGUGCGUACGGUUGGACCAAAGCCUAUGAGGAUCAAAACUACCAGCUCCUCAAUGACUCCCAAAAGCCGUUCCUCUAUCUCCAGGAGAUUGAAGCGUGGCUUGCACUGGUGCUGGAGCUGCUGGUGGCCGGUCUCACCGUUUUCCUUGUCUGGUGCUCUCUCAGUCUACCUGGGUUCUCCAGCGGCUUGCUCGGAGUGGCACUUUUCAAUGUCAUUUACUUUAGCGAGACCUUGGAGGACCUUGUAAUCUCAUGGACUGAUUUGGAGGCUUCGAUUGGUGCCAUUGCCCGUGUCAAGAGAUUCCUGGAGGACACCGAAGUUGAGGACGACAGUGAUUGUACUGCCAUCCUGCCGCAGAGCUGGCCAAGCGUAGGAUCUGUGGACUUUGAAUCCCUCUCCGCAACUUAUGAAAAGCAGCUUGCUCCUUCCAUUAACAAUAUUAGCUUGCAGAUCCAGCCGGGAGAAAAGGUGGCCAUCUGUGGCAGAACUGGCAGCGGCAAGUCGUCCAUGAUAUCCUCACUGUUGGCCAUGUUGGAGGUUACCUCAGGAAGGAUCAUGGUAGAUGGUGUCAACAUCAACACGAUUCCACAUGAACUUCUUCGGGAAAGAAUCAACACCAUAUCUCAGGGUGCCUUCUUCUUCCCCGGUAGCGUUCGCGACAAUGCGGAUCCUCUGCGUCUGGCUACCGACGAGGCCAUUAUCGAUGCCCUCCAAGCUGUUCAGCUAUGGGAGUUGCUCAAAGGACGUGGUGGGCUUGAUGAAGAGCUCAGCGAAACAGCGCUGUCACAUGGCGAGCGCCAACUAUUCUGUCUCGCCCGUGCCAUUAUCAAACCCGGAAAGAUUGUAAUUUUCGACGAGGCGACUAGCAGUGUCGAUUCGGACACGGAUGAAAUCUUGCAAAAAGUUGUGCGAACCCGCUUUGAGGACCGCACACUGAUUUCCAUCGCACACAAGCUACACACAAUCAUGGAUUUUGACAAGGUUGUAAUGCUUGACCACGGAAGGAUUGCAGAAAUCGGCAACCCCAAGACGUUGCUCGGAACGCCAGGAUCUGCCUUCAAGGCACUGUACGAUAGUAUGGAUUGAUGCAGAUAUAUAGUCUAAUAAGAAUAUGCUCGUCGAACAUUACCGGCCGUCUUCUCCGGAAGCGGCUCGGAUGGCACAUCAACUUCUUCCGGAUUCACGAAAUACGUAAUAUCACC